ACCAAACACUGUUGGGAUUGAAAAGCCUGUCUUGGGGCGGGGGGAAAAACCUUAGUUUCUGUGCGUGUGUGAGUCUGUGUGGAGCUCAAAAACCAGCUCAUGGUGGGAAAAUGGCACUAAAUGAAACAAAUGCAUUUUUGGAAAUAUUAAAAUCAUUUAAUCUUGGUGAUUUGAUUCUAGCCUUCUGUUUAUCUAUUCUUGUUGGCCUGCUGCUGGGAGCUCUGAUCUACGUUCUGUUAACCUGGGCAUCAAGACGUCGGGCUACAGCCAGGAUCACAAGGCGCUCCAAAAAGAAAUCUGGCAGUUCGCGACGUGACCCCAUGGGCAGCCAGUUUGGCCUUUACCGAAGCACUUUCCUGAGUGUUUACAGGCAGCCCUCUCUAGAGCCGGUGGGCCCCUUGGGGAGCAAACCUGGCGCAGAGACGUCCACCUUUCGGCCGCUGCCCAAAAAGAGCAGGCCUAGCCUGGACAUGGGAGACGAUACACGGGUGACCAUGACAGAGGACACAGUGGCCAUGGACUCUUCUGAUUCAGCCUCCCUCGUACCAAGCAAGAGGAAUUCCUUCUGGCUGGGUGGCAACGGGCUGAAAGGAUUCCUUCCCUCACACACUCCACCUCCUGCAUAUGACAGUGUCAUCCAUGCCUUCGAGGAGACUUGCACUUAAAGCUGUUGGUAUGACAACAAGAACUGAAUCUACUGACUUUGUUAAGUAUCUGCAGACUUUUAAAACAGACUACAGUUGCAAUGUUUUUGUAAUAACUAGACAUUUACUUUAUUUUUAUUUUUUUUAUGAAAAGGAGAUACAGUGGCUCUUGAAAGUCACCUUGGUUAAAAUGUCAGCUUUUAAUUAUGAACAAAAAUGAGACCAUGAUAAAUCAUUUUAAAACAAUUUUUAAUUGUGAAAUGUGACAUCUAUUGUGUACAAUUCAACAACAAAAAUAAAUUAAUUAAAAAACUCCGGUAGAAGAAAAAAUCCCCAAAAGGUGCAAAAGCUGGGUUGCAUAAGUGUUCACCACCUACUUUGUUGAACCUAAUUUUGAUUAAAUUUCAGCUUUUAGCCCCGCUGGGAAAUUUUAGGAUAAUGUAGAUUGUUGAGCACGUGCUCCUACUUUUCAUACAGUGAAAUGUUCAUUUUCCUUUGGUAUUAAAUUCAAUAU